AUGAACAGGAUUAAAGAGACGCUAGCCAGGAUAGCUCGUGCCGCUAGAGGAUCGAAGGAGCCGUCGUCGUCUUCGAACAGCCUGCGCCUGGAUCGUGUAGGCCGAUCGAGCAGUUCGACUUUGGACUCGAGAGAGAGGGAAAAAGGUUUGGUGCGUGCAGAUGGAAGAGGUCCUCUCAUCCUCUACGAUGGAACCCCAAAUGUUGAUGAGGGACUUGAUGUCGUCUUCGUCCACGGCCUAUUUGGCUCACGCUCUGGGACCUGGUCGAAAGGAGGUAUUUGCUACCCUCGUGACUUGCUUGGGCAAGACAUCGCAGGACUUCGAGUUAUCGCAUGGGGAUGGACCGGUAGUUUGAGCGUCAGCGGUACUUUUAUCGAUCAAGCAGAAAACCUUUUAGCGGAUAUUGCACGGCUGCGUGCUGGGAUAACGCGCCCAAUCGUUUUUAUUGGCCAUGGCCUCGGAGGACUUGUGAUCAAAGAAGCCUUGGUCACGGCUGCGAUGUCGCGAAUUUACGGUGCACAUGUCGAACUUGGCAACGUAUACCCGCGGACUAUUGGGUGCGUAUUCUUGGGUACACCUCACGUAAGAAGUGGAAAGCGAUCAUUGGGCGAAUGCAUCGCCGCAACAGCGCUAUUAUCGCCGUCCGCGCCAACCCCGCAACUUCUACGAGGAUUCAAAGACAACGACAAGGCUUUCGAAAAUCUUCACGCAACAUUUCUUAUGAUUUCAAGAGAUAUCAGAGUUGUGUGCAUCAGGGAAAGGCUUCCAUCGACGAUAGCAACCUCGAGCGAUCCUACUGAUGGGAUGGAAUUGGGCAAAUCAACCGUGCAGACGAUGGUUCCGAGAGAUUCGGCAGCUUACGAAGGCUUCAAUGUGACGAGGCAUGAUAUGGGAGUGUCCCAUCUGGACCUUGCGAGGUUUAAGAGUAGGGACGAGGUGGGAUAUUCGCAGAUGCUUGCAUGGAUCACAAAAGCAUCAUCUGGUCCGACACCGGCAGAGGCCGAGGCGAGAGAACCUCGAAAUCAAGAAAUCAUCAACUCAAUUUAUUAUGAUACUAUGGCUGAACGUGAAUCUCGGAUUGAUCCAGCUUAUGGCCAAACGUGCGAUUGGAUCCUAAAUCCAAACCUCUCCAUAGUGCCCAGGCACCUUAGGUCCAAGGAUCCCGUGCUAUGGAUCAGUGGCAAUGCCGGAUCUGGCAAGUCGACACUUAUGAAGCAUAUUGCACGUUCCGAGAGCGUGCGACAGCAACUCCUUGAAGGCUGGGCGGCUGAGGGAGACUUGCUCGUGGCCUCUUUUUUUAUGUUCGAAGGCGGCAAUCGUAUUCAAAAGUCUUACGAGGGCUUCUUGCGUAGCGUCUUAUACCAGAUCUUGUCAGUGAGACGAGACCUCAUCAGAAUCGCCUUUCCUAGUUUCUUUGAAGGGGAUUGGCCACCCCCGGUCCUAUUUACAAGUAUCAAUAACCUUAAUCAGGCCUGGUAUUCUAUCUUCGCUCACAUGUCUGACACCCUACGCCUCUUCGUUUUUAUUGAUGGGAUAGACGAAUAUCGCAUUAUGGAACGAAAGGAUCAUUACGAGCCCGACCAGCUCGACAUCACUUACGAUAAAGACACGGGCGAUGAGGCUUGGGGACAGAGUAAAUGGGCCACAGAUUCGCACGUGGAAAUAUCGAAACUUAUUAACAGCAUGGGCAACAAAGACAAUAUCAAGUUUAUCGUCUCAUCUCGCGAACUCCCCGUUUUCGAAGAAGCAUUCGCAGAAUAUCCAAGGAUUAGACUCCAAGAACACACCGAAAAGUCCAUAUCGCAGUACGUGGCAGGCCGACUCGAAGAUGAAGCGCCAGGGUUACCAGAUACCAAGAAUCUGUGUAGGGAAUUGGCGCACAAAAGCAAUGGAGAUAUACUAUGGGCUAGAUUGGCAAUCGAUAUGAUAGUUGGUUGUAGCUUACGGACAUUAAGGACGAUGCUAAAUUCUUUGCCGACACAUCUUGGAGGACCCGACGGCUUGUAUAUGCGUAUGUUGGAGAAUAUGACUCUAGAGCAACAGCAGACCGCAUCCAGGAUUUUUCACCUUGUUCUCAGCGCCCAACAGCCACCCAGCCUAGUUACGCUCUCCUUCGGUGCAGAGGGCUACAUCAAUCCGGCAACGGGUCAACUAAGAGCCAUCGAAGACAAUGAACAUCCUUACGACAGUGAUUCUAUACAGCGCCUGACCGAUCAGAUGACAAACCUCUUACAAACAUCCUGCGCCGGCCUCCUUGUUGCCGAAACCGGGCCGUCUAGUAAUCCCAACACUCUCGAGACGGGUCAGCGAGUGGUCUUCGUCCACCAGACCGCUAAGGAAUGGGUGCGUCGCAAGGAUAUAUGGCUGAAACUUCCUGGAUGUAGGCCAGUUGCCAACGUGGAGUAUUACUUCAAGUGUCUCAGUGGAUGCGUAAGGCAUAUCAAAGCUUUUGAACUCAACCGGCCUCCAAUUUUAGCCUGGCCAAGCUGGCGAUUCCGACCUGGUGCCUGGCUCCUAAUCGCAAACGCGCUGCGGUUCGCCGAGAAGGUCGACAAGGAGGUUUCCGAGGUGGACAAGUACGUAGAGUUGAUGGACGAGCUGGACGCAACAUGCCAACGGAUAUGGGUUGCCGCGCUACAGAACCACAAGCCACUCCACGAGGAUCCCGACUGGUAUGACAACAGACUUCCCAGCAUGUGCCGGAAGCACUGGACGAACUACGAACCGAUGGACGCCGGAAAGCCGCCUAAGCGGAAGGAUAUCUUGGCACUCGCUGUUCAAGCCAAUUUGAUACGAUAUACCGAAGCGAAGUUGAGCAAGUUAGGUACGGAACAGAGAAGGAAGAAGGCUCAGGAACUUUUGCCUUUUGUUGUUAGCCCUAAGGCUGAGGGCUUCAGCGCCUGCGCCGGCCUUAGCGGAGAGUAUCUGGAUUUUCACCACGACAUGCCGGACUCCCGUCUCUUAGAUGUCUUAUUCGACGCCGGAGCAUCAGCACGAGAUGAAGAUAAACUGUGGGUUAGGGCGCUGAAGACGGGACGGCACUACUUCUCGAGAGGGAGCUUGACGAUGACUCACCUAUUAGAGACGUCAUCGAGCACGAGAUUGAUGGAUAACCGAGAAAGAUGGGUUACUGCCGUCAAGUCAUUACUUCAGCACGGCGCCGAUCCGCAAUGCGAUAUCCAGGUCACAACCGGCAGCGGCGAAAACCAGUCCACGACGACGAUAGCCGCCGUUGACUUAAUACGGGAAACGCUAGAGGGAGAACCCGAGUAUGCCGUAGAGUUAGUCGAAAUGGAGAUACUGAUGGGCAGGCGAGGGAGCGUGGGCAUUGCUCGGUAA